CAUGAUUUGGAAACACAAGGAGGAAGCCGUAAACAGAUGUGAACGGUUCCUUCCUCCUUCAUUGUUCGCCUCAUCAACAUUACCUCCUUCUUCCACCGUAUCAUAGGAUAGGACCACUCCUAACACGUUUUUGCCUUUUUAAUUAAUUCCUUUCUUUUUAUUCUUCCCUUCCCUGAGUCUUCCACAUUAUUUUCCUUCUUCUCAUCAAGGUUUCAAUCUCUUUUUUGUUCUUGUUAUGAUAUUGCUUUGAAUGCCUUUUGUUCACAUAAAUUUUGGUGGCAGACCCUGUGAGAAAUAUUAAAGACGGGCCACUUUCAAAAUAUACCAUGGAGCCACAAUUAGAAUCCCCUUUGGGAAGAAAAGAUUCUACAGGAAGUGCCGAUUCUUCUAAGCCUUCAAAGCAUGUCAUUGAGACAGCUGCGCCCUUUGAAUCUGUCAAAGAUGCUGUGUCCAAGUUUGGAGGAAGAAUUGAUUGGAAAUCUCGUCGAACCCAGAGUCUGGUGGAGGAGAGAAGCAAGCUCGUAGAAGACUUUAGAAAGGAAGAAACUGCAGAGGAAUUGGAAAACACUAAGAAGCUUAUAGAAGAACUCAAAACUAGCUUAGAAAAGAUAGAAAAAGAUGAGCUUCAAGCAAAAGAAGAGGCUGAACGUGUGAUUCUCAAAAUUGAAGAGAUGGAGCAGGACAUUGUAAGUGAAGCUAGUAUUGAAGCCAAGGCACAACUUGAGGCUGAAAAAGCCAUGCUUACAGAAGCGCUUUCGGAGUUUGAAUUCGUUAAAAGAGAACUGGACUCACUGCGUAAGGAGUAUGCUUCUAUGGCGAGUGGAAGGGAUAUAGCAAUCAAUAAUGCAGAAGAGACUAUUGCAGCAUCCAAGCAAAUUGAAAAGGCAGUGGAAGAUUUGACUGCUGAGUUGAUUGCAACAAAAGAGGCGUUGAAUUCCAUGCGAACCGCGCAUUUGGAAGUAGAAGAACAAAGACUAGGAGUAGUUGAUCAAGAGUCGAACAAUUUGAAGCUGGAACUUGAACAAGUAGAAGAGGAGCUCCAAAGACUUAAUGAGCAAGUUUUGUCAGCCAGGGUUCUUAAAUCAAAAUUGGAAUCAGCUUCCUCCUUACUGCAUGGUUUGAAAGCUGAAUUAGCAGCAUAUAUGGAAUCAAAAGUAAAUGAGGAAUUUUAUAAAGAACAAAAAGAGGAAGUUGAGGAACUAAAACUGAACAUAGAAAAAGCAACUUCUGAUGUUAACAGAUUGAGGGUGGCUUCUGUGUCACUAAAAUCAAAACUAGAAGAAGAGAAGUCGGUUCUCGCAUCCCUUAAGCAAAGUGAGGAAAAGGCUUCGGCUGCGGUUGUGAAUCUCCAAGCUGAACUGGAGAAGUCUAGGUCAGCCAUAGCUUUCAUUCAAAUGAAAGAAAAUGAAGCAAGAGAGAUGAUGACUGAGUUGCCCAAGAAACUGCAAAAAGCAUCACAAGAGGCUGAUGAGGCCAAAUCACUUGCUCAGGCAGCUCAGGCAGAGCUGAUUGAAGCACAAGAAGAGGUUGAACAAGCCAAGGCCAAAUCAAGCACAUUGGAAAGUAGUUUAUUGGCAGCACAAAAGGAGAUUGAAGCAGCCAAGGUUGCCGAGAUGUUGGCCAGAGAUGCAAUCACAGCAUUGGAGAAGAGUGAAUCAGCUAAAGGCAACAAAAAUGACAAGGACUCUUCCUCAAUGGUGACACUCACACUAGAAGAAUAUCAUGAGCUCAGCAGGAGAGCCUAUAAGGCAGAGGAGCAAGCCAAUGCGAGGAUCGAAGCUGCUACUUCUCAGAUUCAGAUAGCAAGGGAGUCUGAAUUAAGAAGCCUGGAGAAGUUAGAAGAACUGAAUGAGGAGUUGUCUGUAAGAAGAGAAUCUCUGAAAAUUGCAACUGGGAAUUCCGAAAAGGCCAAUGAAGGAAAGUUAGCUGUAGAACAUGAAUUAAGAACAUGGAGGGCUGAACAAAAGCAACAAGAGAAGGCUACUGAAUUGAAUGAACAAACUUCUGAUCCAACUGAGCCUGCACAUGAUUCAUCAAGCCCAAAGGGAAAAGUUCCUUCCAAUAACACUGAAGCUGAAUCAGCCUCAAAUAAGAACAAAAAGAAGAAAAAGUCAUCAUUUCCUUCAAAGGUUGUAAUGUUCUUUGCCAAGAAAAAAACGCACCCAACCAAGUGAAUGUAAUCCUUCAACAGAAGGUAGUACACUAAGUAACAAAUCUAAUUUCUGAACAGCUUCUGUAUUGGUUGCCAAUUGUGAGAAUUUGUAUCAAGUUCUUUGGUCGCAAGGAGAAAAUAUGAUCAUUUAGUGUAUAUAUGGCGUAGCUUCUCUAUUAUUCAAUAUUUCAAUUUUCACUACAAAUUUACCAUUAUGAAGGAAAAGGCACAACAGUCUACUUUUGGGACA